AUGCCUGAGCUAGAAGAAUAUGUGGUGGAUGUCGUACACUACACAAGUGGCUUCAUUGUAAGAAAGAUCCAAAAAAAUAAGGCACUUUGUAAGACAUGUGAUUCAUUUCUAACAGUUGAUGAUAAUAACAAUCAAAAUUCUUCAAAGUUGUUUCAGCUAAAAAAUAGAGGGAAAUUAAUAAACGUAUCUUCCGAUGUUCACAAAACAUGUUUAGUGACAGAAUAUAUAAUUAGAAUAUGUAAUGAAGAUUUAUUGAGGAAAAAAAAUAUUAAAUUAAUAUUAUCUUUAAAAGCAUUGAAUGAAUUGAGCUCUGACAACACCAUAUUCAAUUCAAAAGAAAUAAAAGAGAACAUAUUGCAACAAGAUCUGUUAGAUAAUCACCGUAGCCAGUACUAA